UCUGGAGCGCCGUGGCUGGGAGGAGGGGCGUGGGGCGUGAAAGGAGGCGGAACUAAUUGGACGGGGCGUGGCCGACACACGAGUAUUGAGAGACUGCCCAGCGGCAGUGCCCCAGAGCUGUCUAACAUCAUUUCCUGUCGAUGGUACUGCUUCCGGGUCUCGGUCUGCUGGCGCUUGUGUCUAGGUGACAUCUUGGCGAGCCCUUUGAAGCUGCCCUCUUUCCCCUCCCCGUUUCCCGCGUUGUCCUCCGUGCCUGUCUUUGGGGUCCUCUCCUGGCCUGUACCCCGGGUCUUGCUCCCCGCGUUGCCGCCUCCUUCGUGAGGAACUAUGAAUGGGAGGGCAGAUUUUCGGGAGCCGAAUGCACAAGUGUCAAGACCAAUUCCUGACAUAGGGGGCGGCUACAUUCCAACAGAAGAAGAGUGGAGGCUCUUUGCAGAGUGCCAUGAAGAGUGCUUCUGGUUCAGAUCUGUGCCGUUGGCUGCUACAAGUAUGUUGAUUACUCAAGGACUAAUCAGUAAAGGAAUACUGUCAAGUCAUCCAAAAUAUGGUUCCAUUCCUAAACUUAUAUUUGCUUGUAUCGUGGGAUACUUUGCUGGAAAGCUUUCUUAUGUGAAAACUUGCCAAGAAAAGUUCAAGAAGCUUGAAAAUUCUCCCCUUGGAGAAGCACUGCGGUCAGGCGAGUUGCGGCGCUCUUUGCCACCUGGGCACUAUACUCAAAAGCCUAAAUAUGACUCAAAUGUGAGUGGUCAGUCCUCCUUUGGGACAUCUCCAGCAGCAGACAACAUAGAAAAGGAGACGCUUCCUCGUUACGAGCCAAUUCCAUUUAGUGCUUCUAUGAAUGAAUCCACUCCCACUGGUAUUACUGACCAUAUUGCCCAAGUCAAAGUAAACAAAUAUGGAGAUACUUGGGACGAGUGAAAGACUCCGCCAUUGGACCUACUGAAGGCCUUCCAUAUCCAGCUUCAUCAGGUGGUCGUGUGUCCUACAUGCUUGGACUCAGCAGCAGAUUUCAUAAAUACAUUUAAAACGAAAUCCUGGUUUGUGUGAUUUAACAAUGCUUUACGGACUCAGAUUUUAAUGUUUACUAUGGUGUAGAUGUACCAACCUGGUCGCCGAGAAUGGUGAUACUCUGCCAUAGUUGCGUGCACUCGGUGAAAUUGUUUCUGCUACAGGAGACAGACUCAUGAAACUCGACUGUGACUCUUGAUCAGCCCAUGUGACGAUAGCUGCAUGCUGAAGGGGGGGUGGGGGGAGCGAGCACAUGCCCAGGGUUCCGCUUCGCAUCAGUUAUUAAAAGGCCUUUCUCCAGCAUUUACUCGAGCAUCUUAGUGUCUGUGGUGAAUAAAGUGUACACACAGUGA